AUGCUACCGGAGAAGGACGUUGGAUUCGAGCGAGUGUUGGGAAUGGCGUGGAUACAAGAGAAGGACGAAUUUGUAUUUUCGUUGCAGUUUUGCGAGAAGGUGCGAAUCUUGCUGGACGGCGACGCAAUACCAACAAAAAGAGAAAUGCUGCGUCUGGUUAUGAGCCUCUACGAUCCUCUGGGUUUGGUGGCGUCCUUUGUCAUCCAUGGGAAAAUCUUAAUCCAAGAAGUUUGGCGCACGGAGACGGACUGGGACAGCAACAUUCCAGAAGAGAUCGCUACACGCUGGAUGGAAUGGUUGACUGUUCUGAAAAGCAUGACUGGUUUGCGUAUUCCUCGGUGCUACUUUUCAGGAUAUGAGCCGAGCAGUUACAACAAUCUCGAGCUGCAUGUGUUCGUGGACGCAAGUGCCCAGGCUUACGCAGCGGUCGCAUAUUUCCGCAUCGUUGAUCGAGGACAGAUCAGGGUUGCGCUUGUAUCGUCGAAAACGAAGGUUGCACCACUCCGAGGACUUUCGAUUCCACGAUUAGAGUUGAUGGCCGCAUUGCUUGGAGCUCGCUUACGGAGAACGAUCGAAGACAACCAUAGGCUGAAGGUGUCAAAAACAUGUUUCUGGAGUGACUCAUCGACGGUUUGCUCGUGGAUCAAGUCGGACACUCGCCGGUAUCGCCAGUUCGUGGCGUUCAGGGUCGACGAAAUAUUGAGCCUUUCGAAUACCGAUGAAUGGAAAUGGAUUUCAACUAAGAUCAACGUAGCAGAUGAAGCAACCAAAUGGGGAAAAGGUCCUUCUUGCAACGUGGACAGCCGAUGGUUUCGGGGUCCAGAUUUUCUGUAUGAACGCGAGGAAGGAUGGCCGAUGAAACCCGAAGAAGAUGAACGUGUGGAUGAAAGCGACGGAGAACUACGAGCAGCGGUCGUUUGCAGUCAUCUAGUCGUGCAACCAGUGGUCGACGCGGCAAGGUUUUCAAAAUUUGAACGGUUACGGAAUAGUACGGCCUACAUUUACCACUUUAUUAACAAUCUGCGUACCUCAAGGAUGGAGUCAGCUGGUACGAUUGGCGUAACCAGCAAGGAACUACAGAUGGCGGAAAACUUCUUGUGGCGGAUGGCACAAUCUGAAGCGUUUCCUGAAGAAGUGGCAAUUUUGAAACGGGAACAGGAUGAACAGAAUUCGUCAAGGAAGCAACUACCUACAUCAAGCGGACUUGUGAAGCUUUCGCCAUUCGUCGAUGAUUGCGGAGUACUUCGAGUGGAAAGUAGAGCAUCAGAUGCGCAAGUAUUAGCCUACGAUACGAAAUUUCCAAUUAUCCUGCCAAGGAAGCAUCGUAUUACGGAGCUGCUGCUGGAUUUCUAUCAUCGUAAAUACGGUCAUGCCAACGACGAGACCGUAGUCAACGAGGUGCGACAAAAAUUCCACGUUUCAUGCCUACGGGUGGAGGUGCGUCAGAUCAGGAAACGCUGCAUGUGGUGCCGUGUGUACAAAGCAACACCCGUCGCGCCUAAGAUGGGACCACUUCCGGCGAUGCGAUUGGAACCGUUUGUACGCCCGUUCACCUACGUGGGCGUGGACCUCUUUGGUCCGUAUUCAGUGAAGGUCGGACGAAGCACGGUUAAGCGGUGGGUUUGUCUAUUCACUUGCCUUACCAUUAGAGCCGUUCAUCUGGAGGUAGUUGCCAAUUUGACCACGGAUGCCUGCAAGAAAGCGAUUCGACGGUUCAUCGCGCGACGUGGUUCCCCUCAGGAAAUAUAUUCCGACAACGGGACAAACUUCUGGAAGUUCAAUCCUCCAGCAGCGCCUCACAUGGGGGGUUGCUGGGAGAGAAUGGUUCGAGCCGUGAAAGCUGCACUUGGGUCCAUUCCGGUCGUGCGGAAAUUGGAUGACGAAUCAUUCGUAACGGUACUAACGGAAGCGGAAAGCAUGGUGAACUCGAGGCCACUGACGUUCAUCCCGUUGGAGACGACCGACCAGGAAUCCUUAACUCCAAACCAUUUCCUGUUGCUCAGUUCGAAUGGCGUACGGGAACCGGAGAAAUUUCCCACGGACGAAGGCAAGGCGUUGAGGAGUAGUUGGAACCUGGUGCAGCACACUCUUGAUAACUUCUGGCGUCGUUGGGUGGUGGAAUACCUGCCGACGAUUAUACGACGGACGAAAUGGUUCCACGAUGUGCGACCAAUCAACAUCGGCGAUUUGGUACUAGUGGUGGACGAGAAUAUCCGGAAUCGGUGGUUACGAGGACGAGUGAUCGGUACGGUUCCGGGAAAAGACGGAGUGGCGCGACGAGCAGAAGUGAAGACUUCAGCAGGGAUCCUGAAGAGGCCAUGUACGAAGUUGGCUGUGCUGGACGUAGAAGGCUCUGGUGACGCCCAGCCGGAAGCUGAGGCGACACGCGGGGGAGGAUGUUCGCUGCACAGCCCACUGUUGUUAACUCAGGCGCCACAAUGCAACCAACGGGCGAUCCGGGAGGCACCAUCAGUCAACAACGAUGACGGGCAAAAUUGAGCUUAGGACUACGGCAAUUGUUUUGAUAGGCAAAGAGAACAAGUUAAAAUUGAAUUAGUUUUGGAUUGGAGAUUGGUUUUCUAUUUGAAAUAAAUAAAAAGGCUAGGAUAAAAACUAUAUACAGCAAUUAAAUGUGAGAUAGAUUGGACAGAAACAGUACGGACACUAAAUUGUAAGUACACACACGAACAUUCUUGAUAAACUUAUGCUAAACAUGAAUAAACAUUAAUUUUAGCUUUGAGCUUAUUACCACCCAACUUUGGGCCAAUUAUUUGCUACGAGGAACUCCGUGAAAUCUAUC